AUGGCUGCCUCAGAUGUUGAGUACCGGUGCUUCGUUGGUGGUCUAGCAUGGGCCACUGACAACGAUGCUCUAGAGAAAGCUUUCUCUCAAUACGGUGAAAUCAUCGACUCGAAGAUUAUUAACGAUCGUGAUACUGGAAGGUCAAGAGGUUUUGGAUUUGUGACCUUUGCCACAGAGCAAUCCAUGAGAGAUGCCAUCGAAGGGAUGAACGGUCAGGACAUGGACGGACGUAACAUCACAGUAAACGAAGCUCAGAGUCGUGGUAGCGGUGGAGGAGGCCGCGGUGGCGGUGGAUAUGGUGGCGGCCGUGGCGGAGGUGGAUAUGGUGGAGGCGGAGGAGGCUAUGGUGGCCGUCGUGAGGGUGGAGGCGGAGGAUAUGGUGGAGGCGGAGGAGGCUAUGGUGGCCGUCGUGAAGGCGGAGGGGGAGGAUACGGUAGCGGAGGAGGAUAUGGUGGCGGAGGUGGUGGUUAUUCUCGCGGCGGAGGUGGUGGUGGAAACUGGAGGGAUUAG